GCAAGUUGUUGACGUGUUGCUUGUCUUCUCAGAGCUGGGAGAGGGUAAGUAAAUUGCCCUUCUUCUGGGGCAGAAAAACCAAGAGGGGAUGGGAAACAAACAGCCUGCCAGCCAAGGAUCUGCAGCACUGUAUAGGACGGCCACUCCAACGUUCGCUCCACUGUCUUGCACAUUUACUUCUAAAGACGUUGUAUCUUACUACAUAAAAAGGAGGCCUUUACAAAGCAUUGCUAAAGAGCAUCAGUAUUCAAACCACUUGACUAGUAGCUCUUGUUGUGGGAAAUGUUAAAGAUGGAUGACGACGUACUGCUCAGUUACUGUGUGGUUGGAUGCAGUUUCCUUGGGUUCCAGCUGUUGUUUUCUGCAAUUAGUCCCAGUAUCUCUGCAAAAUUUUGCAGCACCUACAGAAAACUCUCCCAUGGGAAGCAGUGUGAGUGGGAUUCCAGGUCUGUCUCCAAUAUCCAUGCCUUAAUUGUUGGAUCUUUCUGUCUCUAUAUAUUGGCAUUUGAUGAUGCAGUGAACUCUGACCCUAUAUGGGGUGAUCCAUUUCAGGUCAAAUUGAAUGUAGGAAUCACAUGUGGCUACCUUGUAUACGACUUGCUGCUUCUCGCUCGCUUCUGGAAAGUGAUGAAAGAUCCUUAUAUAGUUUGUCAUCACAUCGCAGUGCUGUAUGCAUAUGGAUAUGUGCUGAAUCGUGGUGUACUACCAUAUUUUGCCAAUUUUCGAUUAAUCUCGGAGCUUUCAACACCUUUUGUGAAUCAGAGAUGGUUCUUUGUUGUAACUGAGAUGCCACGUUCCUCCUGGGCUGUUCUUUUAAAUGGCUUUGCUAUGGCGGUGUCCUUUUUUAUGGUCCGCAUUGCAGUAAUACCCAGUUACUACUCUCAGGUGUUUGCCACCUUUGGCACAGAGGGUUAUAUAAAGCUAGGCCUCGGACCACAGGUAGCCUGGAUUGUGUCCUGUGUGGUUCUUGAUAUCCUCAACGUUUUCUGGAUGUACAAGAUUAUCUGUGGGUUUUACAAAGUCGUGAAAGCCAAGCCUGGUGAAAAGCCUAGAAGAAACCAUGCUGACUGAGGAUAUAUUACACUCCCAUUAGUGUGCCAGCCACACAUGCACACACAUCCUACUGUCGCUGGACCACAUGGUGAAUUACCCAUAACCACUUGCAAUCUAUGUAAGAGAGACCAUGUUACUUUUUACAUUUAUGGGUUGAAUCCCAUUGCUAAGGAAUUACCACUCAUACUUUGUCAACUGAGGACCAAGAAUCCUAAAUUACAAAUAGUACUGUAUUUAUGUCCCUCCAAAGAGGAGCUGUAUUAUCAAUAACUAGGGUGAAUUGACUAACUGUGCUCCUCAUCUUAGUGUCCAUGCCCGAUCCACUCUUGUCUCUGUUCUGGCUAAAACAAAGCAAUUAUUGUGAACAUCCUUUUUAUUUAUUUGUUUAUCUAAACUACACAACUUCUGUGAAGAGAGAGGAUGUCAGCAUUAUUAAACCUAGAACCAGAGUAUGAGAAUCCCUAAUAGAUUGACAUAGCCGAGAAGAGAGAUGGAUAGCGGAGGCAGUCUUUCUAGAAAUAAUAGAAAACUUUACAGUAUUGACUGAUUGGGAGAAAACAAUAUGAUAAAUAAAGGAGAAUAAAAAGAAGGCGCUUUAGAAUAACAAUUCAUAUGGGGCAUUGAGUUAGGAUGGCAUGUCUAAUCUAUACACUGAGUUUCUGUAUAAUAACAUCUUAUUUACUAAUGAAUGUAUGAAAUAUAUUUCUAUUUUUAAAAUAAACUUUUAAAUUUAAA